AUGUCUAGCACAUCAGCAGCACCAGUCUGGUUCAUCACCGGCUCAUCAUCUGGCUUAGGUCUUGCUUUGACUCGCUACGCUAUCGCCAAGGGCCAUCUUGUCGUCGCCUCGUCACGCAGCCCUUCAAAAACGCCAGAAUUGGUAUCGGAAGUUGAAGGUAGUGGCGGGAAAUGGAUCACGUUCGAUACGACACAGUCAGAAGAAGCAGUCAAAAAGACAAUACAAUUUGCAGAAUCCCUCUUCGGUGGCAUUGACAUACUCGUCAACAAUGCCGGCAUAAGUGUUCUAGGCGCUUUGGAGGAUAUACCUGAUGCCGAUACUGUUUUCCAGAUGCAAGUCAAUUUUCUCGGGCCACUGAGGAUCAUGCAGGCUGUGCUUCCUGGGAUGAGAAAACGAAGAUCGGGGGUCAUCAUGAAUGUCUCCAGCACGCAGGGCGUCGCUCCGGGUCUUGCGUGCGGCGUCUAUGCGGCAAGCAAAGCUGCCCUGGAAGCUGCAUCCGAGUCAUGCAGUCAGGAAGUUGCACAGUUUGGAAUCAGGGUGCUCAUCAUUGUGCCAGGUGCAUACAGGACCGAAUUCGGCAAUUCGAGCACAGGUCGACACAUUCAGCCGUCAGUCGAAUAUAGCGGCGACCAUCCGGUGAACCAAAGGCUUCAGCUCAUUUCAAAUUUGCCCAAGAUAGCAAUGGGAGACCCGGGCAAGGCUGCUCAGGUGAUGUUUGAAGCUGCAACAGGAGAAGGCGAAGCUGGAAGGCUUAUCAAGACAGAAAAUUUGUUGAGAGUGAUCAUCGGCCCAGAUUCCUGGAAAGGGGUUGAUAAGAAGGUCACUGAACUGCGCAGGACCACAGACCUUCUUGGGGGAGUCGCUGCAAGUACAAACUUUUAG